GCAGCGUUUAUUGUUGCUGGUGAGCUGCUGUAAUGGCGGUGUCUCGUCGCUCCGCGCAGCAGCAACAACAACAACAACAACAACAACAACAACUAAAUAGCUUACAGUCGCCGCCGAGGAGCAGCUCGCUUUCAGGUGUUCCUUCGGCCGCCCCGCUGAUGGCCUCGGCCAACUCGCCGCUCCACACCGAGCGGGAAUGCAACGGCGGCAUCGAAGGCUCUGCGGCCUCCCCGGACCUCGCAGCCCCGCUCCUCGCCACCAGCGCCAGCCCCAGCAGCACCACCGCCUCCGGGGGCAGCAACGUCUCCAGCCCCGGCUCCGGGGCCGCCAGCCCCGCCGACGGAAUAAGCGGAAUCGGCGGCGCGUUCAGGGAGUUGUUCGAGGCCUGUCGCAACGGGGACGUGUCGAGGGUGAAGAGGCUCGUCGACACCGUCAACGUGAACGCCAAAGACAUGGCUGGUCGCAAGUCCACUCCUCUGCACUUCGCUGCGGGGUUUGGAAGGAAAGAUGUAGUGGAGCAUCUCCUUCAGACGGGGGCCAAUGUCCAUGCCAGGGAUGAUGGAGGUCUAAUCCCCCUGCACAAUGCCUGCUCCUUUGGCCAUGCAGAGGUUGUGGGCCUCCUCCUGUGUCAGGGCGCAGACCCCAAUGCCAGAGAUAACUGGAACUACACUCCUCUGCACGAGGCUGCCAUCAAGGGAAAGAUUGAUGUGUGCAUAGUGUUACUCCAGCAUGGUGCUGAUCCGAACAUACGCAAUACUGAUGGAAAGUCAGCUCUGGAUCUGGCUGACCCUUCCGCCAAGGCCGUACUAACAGGUGAAUACAAGAAAGAUGAGCUCCUGGAAGCAGCAAGGAGUGGAAAUGAAGAAAAACUAAUGGCUUUACUGACUCCAUUAAAUGUCAACUGCCAUGCCAGUGAUGGCCGAAAGUCAACAUCUCAAAAAAUGCUGUCAACUCCUCUCCACCUGGCUGCCGGCUACAACCGAGUGCGCAUCGUACAACUACUCCUUCAGCAUGGAGCUGAUGUUCACGCUAAGGACAAGGGCGGCCUGGUUCCUCUACACAAUGCUUGUUCCUACGGUCACUUUGAGGUUACUGAGCUUCUGCUUAAGCAUGGCGCCUGUGUCAACGCCAUGGACUUGUGGCAGUUCACUCCUCUCCAUGAGGCAGCAUCCAAGAACCGUGUAGAGGUUUGCUCCUUGCUGCUGAGCCACGGUGCUGAUCCCACCUUGCUCAACUGCCACAGCAAGAGUGCUGUGGACAUGGCCCCCACCCCAGAGUUAAAGGAGAGACUGACCUAUGAGUUCAAAGGUCAUUCACUGCUGCAGGCAGCACGGGAAGCAGACAUGGCCAAAGUGAAGAAGACGCUGGCUUUGGAAAUCAUCAGCUUCAAACAUCCUCAAACCAAUGAGACAGCUCUGCAUUGUGCUGUGGCUUCUCCCCACCCAAAGAGGAAGCAAGUAACUGAAUUGCUGCUGCGUAAAGGUGCCAACAUUAAUGAGAAGAACAAGGACUUUAUGACUCCUUUGCACGUUGCUGCCGAGAGAGCUCACAAUGACAUUCUGGAGGUGCUACAGAAACACGGAGCCAAGAUAAAUGCUGUGGACACGCUCGGACAGACCGCUCUGCACAGGGCCGCACUGGCCGGUCACAUUCAAACCUGCAAGCUGUUGCUAGGCUACGGGGGCGACCCAUCCAUCGUGUCCCUGCAGGGUUUCACUGCUGCACAGAUGGGUAACGAAGCUGUUCAACAGAUUCUCAAUGAUAACGUUCCCACACGUAACUCUGACGUGGACUACAGAUUUCUUGAAGCAGCCAAAGCAGGAGAUCUCGAGACCGUGCAGCAACUCUGCACCCCUCAAAAUGUAAACUGUCGCGAUUUGGAGGGUCGCCACUCAACUCCACUCCACUUUGCUGCUGGUUACAACCGAGUGGCUGUUGUCGAAUACCUGCUUCACCACGGAGCUGAUGUACAUGCCAAGGACAAGGGCGGACUGGUUCCUCUGCACAACGCAUGCUCCUACGGCCACUAUGAAGUUGCAGAGUUGCUGGUCAGGCAUGGAGCCUCAGUAAAUGUCGCCGACCUGUGGAAGUUUACCCCGCUUCACGAAGCGGCAGCCAAGGGCAAAUAUGAGAUUUGCAAGCUACUGCUCAAACAUGGAGCGGAUCCGUCUAAGAAGAACCGAGACGGCAACAUGCCACUGGACAUGGUGAAAGAUGGAGACACUGACAUCCAGGAUCUGCUUAGGGGUGAUGCUGCCCUGCUGGAUGCUGCCAAAAAAGGUUGCCUGGCCCGCGUCCAGAAACUUUGCUCCCCAGAGAACAUCAACUGCAGAGACACUCAAGGCCGCAACUCCACACCACUCCACCUUGCAGCUGGUUACAACAAUCUGGAAGUGGCUGAGUAUCUGCUGGAGCAUGGGGCUGAUGUCAACGCGCAAGACAAGGGAGGCCUUAUACCUCUCCACAAUGCUGCCUCCUAUGGGCAUGUGGAUAUAGCAGCUCUGCUCAUAAAGUACAAUACAUGUGUGAAUGCCACAGACAAAUGGGCUUUCACUCCCCUUCACGAGGCAGCCCAGAAGGGUCGCACACAGCUCUGUGCCCUCCUGCUCGCUCAUGGGGCUGAUCCAACCAUGAAGAACCAAGAGGGCCAGACAGCCCUGGACCUGGCCACGGCUGAUGACAUCAGAGCCCUCCUGAUGGACGCCAUGCCCCCGGACUCUCUUCCCAGCUGCUUCAAGCCACAGGCCACAGUGGUUAGCGCCUCUGUCAUCUCCCCGGCCUCCACACCGUCCUGCUUAUCAGCUGCCAGCAGCAUAGACAACCUGGCCGGGCCUCUGACUGAGCUGGCAAGCGGUGCUGCUGCUGCUGCUGCUGGGAACUCAGGAGUAGCAGAUGGAGCAACAGGCACUGACCGCAAGGAAGGAGAAUUGACAAUGCUGGACAUGAACAUAAGUCAGUUCAUGAAGAGUCUUGGUCUGGAGCACUUAAGGGAUAUUUUUGAAAGAGAGCAGAUAACUUUGGAUGUCCUAGCUGACAUGGGCCACGAGGAGCUGAAAGAAAUCGGGAUCAAUGCCUACGGUCACCGACACAAACUUAUCAAGGGUGUAGAGAGGCUGCUGGGUGGCCAGCAAGGUGGCAACCCAUACCUUACAUUCCACUGUGCCAACCAGGGCACCAUCCUCAUAGACCUCGCUCCAGAUGACAAGGAGUAUCAGUCUGUGGAAGAGGAGAUGCAGAGCACCAUCAGAGAGCACAGAGAUGGAGGCAAUGCAGGCGGGGUCUUCAGCAGAUACAACAUCAUCAAGAUCCAAAAAAUCGUGAACAAGAAGUUGAGGGAACGUUACACGCACAGGCAGAAGGAGAUCGCAGAUGAAAACCAUAACCACCACAAUGAGCGCAUGCUGUUUCACGGUUCCCCAUUCAUCAACGCCAUCAUACACAAGGGCUUUGACGAGCGUCACGCCUAUAUAGGAGGAAUGUUCGGGGCGGGUAUCUACUUCGCUGAGAACUCCUCCAAGAGCAACCAGUACGUCUAUGGCAUCGGCGGAGGCACAGGCUGUCCGACACACAAAGACCGGUCCUGUUACCUGUGCCACAGGCAGAUGUUGUUUUGCAGGGUGACCCUGGGAAAGUCCUUCUUACAGUUCAGCGCCAUGAAAAUGGCCCACGCUCCGCCAGGACACCACUCUGUGAUCGGGCGGCCCAGCGUGAACGGCUUGGCCUACGCGGAGUAUGUGAUCUACCGAGGAGAGCAGGCCUACCCAGAGUACAUCAUAACCUACCAGAUCUUAAAACCAGAGAGCGUGGCCCAGUCUGCUGCAGCCGCUGAACAGAAGUCCUAAAUGCUAUUAUUUUGUCCUUUUGUAUAGACCAUGCAUAAAGAGGCGUAUUGGUAUUUUUCCAGUUUCCCCCCCCCCCCAGUGGACUCCAUGGUGACCAGUUCUUUGUGAGCAGAUAUCUCUUCUACUCGUCUCUCUCCGAUCCUUGUGCAUUCAGCCGCAUGUGAGUCCCAGUAGUUACUUCUAUUGCUAGUUUGGAGAAUGACCAACCUCUCAUAUAUUUACACGUACUGUUUUAAAUAUGUGGACUAUGAAUGCAGCCAUAUCUGUGCUCAUACUGUACAGAGGAUUUAAGGUGAACACUAUCAAAAAGGUCAUUCUGUAAACAUGACUGAAUUUUAAGGACAAGACUGCUGACAGUUUCCAGUGCUUUUAGUUCCGUUGCAUGUGCUGUAUGGAAGGCUGAGAGACUUUUGUUUUGGCAUUACAAUAUAGUCCUGUUAGAGUAACACAGCUUGAUUGCAAUGUAGAACCUGGUAAUAGGACACAUACGGAUUAUGUAUGAUGGACUAUCUUAGCCUUGAAACAUGCUUGUGAACUCAUCAAAGCAUCCUGCUCUCACUGUCUUUGCAAAUACAUCCCAUGCAGAAGGAUUUGCACUUUUACAUAGAUACCUAUUUAAGUUAUUUGAAUUGAAAAAACAUUUUCAGGAAAAAAAAAAAGUGUACAGGUUGUGUAAAUGGUUGUUUAUAACUUGCUGUUUAACAGUGUCUUAAGUUGAACGUUUUGUUUUUCCUUUCAUGCCUUCUAGAUUUUCCCUUUUUUUUUUUU